ACGGCGCCGCCCGCACGCCACCACCGCGCGGCCACUUCCGGCGGCGCUACGGCGGCCGCGGCGGGACACGGCUCCCCGGCCGCACGGCGCAGGCGCGGAGGGGCGCGCGAGGCCGAGCCGAUGAGGGGGCUGGUGCGGCCGGCGCUGAGGGCGCGAUGGUGCCGCUCGCUCUGGGCGCUGCCGGCACGGGCCGCCGCCAGCGCCGCUUCGCCUCAUCCUCCCGCCGGAGCCUCGCCGGGCGCGCUGAACCCGUUCGACCGGCGGCUGAAGCGGAAGCAGAAGAACUGGGCGGCGCUGCAGGCCGAGCCCGCCAAGUGCGAUUACCUGCGGGAGGAGGUCGGCGGCAGGAUCGCGGACCGGGUGUUUGACAUCACCAGAACGUUUCCCCUAGCUUUGGAUGUUGGCUCUGGAAGAGGUUACAUAGCUCAGCACUUAACCAAGGAAACAGUUGAAAAACUUAUUCAAGUUGAUAUUGCAGAGAAUGCUUUAAAAAAUGCUGUAGAAUCUGAAAUCCCGACAGUCAGGGUCGUAGCUGAUGAGGAAUUCCUUCCUUUCAAAGAAGAUACGUUUGAUCUUGUUGUCAGCAGCUUAAGUUUGCAUUGGGUGAAUGACCUUCCUAAAGCUUUCAAAGAGAUCCACCAGGUGCUGAAGCCUGACGGAGUGUUCAUUGGAGCCAUGUUUGGGGGGGACACUCUGUACGAGCUGCGCUGCUCCCUGCAGCUGGCUGAGCUGGAGAGGGAAGGGGGCUUCUCUCCUCACGUGUCGCCCUUCACCGCCGUUGCCGAUCUGGGACAUCUCCUCUCCAGGGCUGGCUUCAACACCCUCACUGUGGAUACUGAUGAAAUCCAAGUGAACUACCCAGGGUUAUUUGAGGUUAUGGAAGACUUACAAGGUAUGGGGGAGAGUAAUUGCUCUUGGAAUAGAAAACCUCUGCUGCACAGGGAGACAAUGCUGGCAGCUGCUGCAAUAUACCAAGAAAUGUAUGGAAACAGCAAUGGCUCUGUACCUGCCACCUUUCAGAUCUAUUACAUGAUUGGCUGGAAAUACCAUGAAUCACAGGCAAAACCAGCCCAGCGAGGUUCUGCAACAGUUUCAUUUGGAGAUCUGGCAAAAAUAGAAGGACUUCUUAAAAGAGGAAAAAAAUAGUGGUUCUUCAGAAAUAAUAAUUGUCUUGAAACUUCUAUAAAAGUUUUAAUUGCA